AGGAGUCUGCAAUUGAAUAGUUGGAAGCACAUGUGUGUAAAUAAAUUUGUAAAUUUGCCAUAUAAUAUUACUUUUCGUAAUAUUUCAUUUGCGUUUCGUAAUUUUAAGAAAAAUUAUACCAAAAUUUCUUAUCUAUUCAAAAUUAUGGCUUUUAAUCCAAGUACUAGAAAUGUGGUCCAGAUAUCAGAGGAGGCGGCUCCAGCAGUGCACUUACCCGUAAGGGUGGGAGAUGAGGUCUUCAUAAUGACGCAGCAGGACAUACGACGCGUAGAAGAUAUACGCUUUUUAACCUAUCAUACCAUAACGCCCGAUGGAAACAUCUCACCCAUAGACACGGCUGCGGAUAAUGUUCAGCAUUGCUUUCCUGUGCAGGCCUCUGGCCCAUAUACUAUGCUGCAAAAUUUGAUGGCUUGCAACGCCCAGCUGCCACCUGCACAACUCAACUCCUUGAGUCCACAUCAGAACCCGCAAGCUCGCCAACUAUUCUAUAGCACUGGCACCUCCACUAACGGUCUUAAAGAUUAUGUCAAUGCUGGCAGCCAGACAAUCCCGAGCUCCCAAAGAGAUUUCGGCACAGACCCAAAAAACAAUCCUUCCCAGCGUUGCGCUGGCACUAGCAUGUCAAAAGCAGAAGAAGGGCAAGAUGCAGAGAAUUAUUCUUUCUCCAAUUAUUAGAUGAUCCAGCGCCUGGCUCAGCAUUGAAGACAGGGCUGCAGCUGUCGCGUCAGGCGACCAGUAUCUAUCGGAAUAACAUAAGCCCCUAUCAUCAACGAGAGUAGUUUUAUCAAUCUAACAUGAAAUCGCGUACUUAGUUUUAUAUCUCUGUCUGAAUAAAAUGUUUAAAAAAUAAA